CACACACUGACUGAACCGAACACACUCUGGAACACACACCUGACACCGGGGAUCGGAUAGUAGUUCCUCUAUAGGGCCAUUAUUAUUAUUAUUUUUUUUUUUUUUUCUUCCAUGGCCUUGUACACAGAAGAAGAAGAAGAAGAAGAAGAAGGGAAAGAGUGUCCGGUGUGUUAUGAGGGUCUGUCUGGCGCAGAGCGGACUUUAAGCUGCGGACACGUCUUCUGUCAUGACUGUUUGGUCAAAACACUGGUCAGCGUCACCACCGAUGGAAACAUCAGGGACACUAUCAUCUGCCCUAUCUGCCGACAUCUUACAUUCAUCAAGAAACAAAAGGAAGCGCUGGCAUCUUUAACCACAGAUAAGGAUGUAGAUGAAGGGCAGACCCUGGAGGUACCCCUACCUUUGCCGGUGGAGCGCAUCCAGAGCGCACGGCGCGCGUCCGGGAGCGCAUUACCGAGCGGUUGUCACUGGAUCGCUCGCUGUUUUAGGGGGAUUUCUGAACGGGUGCGCAGACAGAGGUUGGUCAGCCCCAGCCAUAAUACAUCCCAGAUCUUCAUCAUAAGCGCUCAAGGGCGACCCAUGGGUGAAGAGGAUGCGUUGAGCGUUGUGAUGACUGUGGUCCAACCCAACCGCAGACGAAGGCGCAGGGUUUGCACGACUGCGCGGUGCCUGCUGGUUUUACUCUCAGCAUUUACUGUCCUGGCACUUGUGGCUGCGACAUUACCUUGGAUUUUGUUGGCAUAGCAUGGGCGACAUGUUCAUGAAGACUACUGGAGUGCCAAUAUGGGGGGAAAAAAAUGAAGUGACAUGUAUAGGCCUGUGGAAAAACAAGGUCAUGUGUCCUGGAAAUCAAGCUCAUCAGUUCAAGGGAGUGUGAGGCAGUUUAUCUGGAGCAUUUCAGUGCGUGACCAACCCACUGAUACACUGAUCUACAAGUAAAAUGACUCCAUGCUUAACCCAUAAAGACCCAAACAGCCACUGGUGACCAAAGCCAUCUACUGAUCUGAACUGUUUAAUACCUGCUGAUCCAUUAAUUCUAUCAAUA